ACACCACCUCUAGUGACUAAUAUGUGUCAAUAACAGAGAAUAUGGCGGUUUGUCAUGGGAUGUGAUUUAACACGCAAGUAUUAACACGUCAAGUGUCACAAUCAUAGUCCGGAUUCGUUGAAUUGUUAAUUGUGCUGUGAAUGACUCUGGGCAUUUCAAGAGAAAUAAUGGAUGAACAUGGCCUCAUCUUCAGCGAUGAGGAUGACGAUUCCGAAAAUGGAUACCAGGUUCCAGAGUUGCAAGGAGUUCUCAGUAAAUGGACUAAUUACAUUCAUGGUUGGCAAAGUCGAUUCAUUGUGCUGAAAGAUGGAACUCUUUCAUAUUAUAAGUCAGAGCAAGAUACCGGUUUUGGCUGUAGAGGAGCAAUCAGUUUAUUUAAAGCGACUGUAAAGCCCCAUGAUUUUGAUGAAUGUAGAUUUGAUGUUUCUGUAAAUGAUUGUGUAUGGUACCUGAGAGCAGAGACUCCUGAGGAAAAACAGCAAUGGGUUGAUGUACUGGAUGCAUAUAAGACUGAAUCAGGCUAUGGUAGUGAAAAUAACCUUAAACGUCAUGGUAGUGCCAUCUCCCUUACAUCCAAUACCUUGUCCACCGCUUCAACUUCAAGUUUCAAGAAAGGUAGAGGUCUCAAGGAGAAGCUUGCAGAGAUGGAAACAUUCAGAGACAUCUUAUGUCAUCAGAUUGAAACAUUGCAAGGUUACUUUGAUACUUGUGCUGAAGCAUCUUCUCUGAGGCGCAACACAGGACUGCAAGAUGAACUUGAAGGGAUGACAGCUGUUGGUGGCAAGCACAAGGAUAAAGGGCUGCCACCUUGCUGUGAGAGUGGCAAUUGCCUGAACUGCAUUGUUGGGUCAGACAUAGCAAUGCAGCAUGGAGCCCAUGCCAUCGACUUCAAAGGGGAAGCUAUGACAUUCAAAGCUACAACAGCGGGCGUAUUGGCCACCCUGCAGCACUGUCUGGAACUGCUAGGACAGCGAGAGGACACGUGGAGGCGGCGACUUGAACGGGAGGUUGAUCGAAGGCGUAAGGUGGAGGAGAUGUACCGGACGGCACGCCAGGAAGCAGCAACACACAGGCUGGCAAUGCAUGGCAGUCCAGACUAUGAGGAGGGGCCGCACAGUGCUCUCAAUGAUGAAGAGUUCUAUGAUGCAGUGGAGACAGGCCUCGACAGGAUGGACGAGGAGCUGGAGCUGCAUGACAGGCUGAAAACAAAACAGCAGCAGCAGCAACAGAUAGUAGCGGGGCCUGGGAAGGCACUGUCCAAGGCAUGUCAGCACCGUCUGUGGCCAGAGAUUGACCGAAUUUCCAUGGAACAGCUGCGAUAUGCCCGCCUUGGGGUAGGGGAGGGAGGUUGGCAACUGUUCGCAGAAGAUGGCGAGAUGAAGAUGUACAAGCGAGAGGAGGAAGUCAAUGGCAUGGUGGUGGACCCCCUGAAGGCGUGUCACAUGGUGCGUGGCGUGACGGGACAUGAGAUGUGUCACUACUUCUUCUCACCAGACGUCCGCAUGGAUUGGGAAACUACAGUCGAACAGAUGACCGUCAUAGAAACAAUAGCAGAAGACACGCUGGUCUUCCUGCAAGUUCACAAACGCAUCUGGCCUGCAUCUCAGAGAGAUUCCCUUUUUUGGUCACACAUGCGGCAAGUGCCAGAUCACAACGACCGUGACGGACAUGAUAUAUGGAUCGUCUGCAACCAUUCGACUGAGAACCCAGACUUUCCACAGAGUAACAAUGGCAAAUUUGUUCGAGUCACCCUCACUGUGUGUCUGGUUUGCCAGACAUUCAUUGACCCACCCAAAGAUGGAGCCCAAAUCGUCCGUGAUAAUAUCACAUGCAAGAUCACUUACUGCUCUGUUGUGAACCCGGGUGGCUGGGCACCUGCAUCAGUCCUGCGAGCUGUGUACAAACGGGAGUACCCAAAGUUCCUCAAACGCUUCACAGCCUAUGUCAUUGACCAGUGUAAAGAGAAGCCAAUCAUGUUUUAAGAAUCCAUCCCACCGUGGUGAUGUGUUGCUCUGUGCCUUGCUGACAGAACUUUAUAGAUUGGCCUGUAUCUUAUGUGUAAUUCAUUUUCUAAAUACAUACUGGUAUAUAUAUAUCUA